AUGAAGCUGAAGCAGGCGGUAGCCGGUGCGUCGUUGCUCCACAAGCCAGUUCCAGGAGCGCCGCUCAUCAUCGGAACAGAUGCCUCGGAGGUUGGCAUUGGCGCGGUGUUGAAGCAGGUGCAAGAGGGCAGAGAUGUCCCGUUAGAGUUCGCGUCUAGGAAGUUCACCGACGCGGAGAGAAA